UCACUCCCUCCCGGAACGACACAAUGCUUCCCGUCCGCACGAUCAAGCCCAAGACGGCCCGCACGAAGCGCUAUCUCGACAACAAAGGUCCCCAAAUCGUCGAGAACCCGCGCACCACCCUCUUUCUCCGCUACACCAGCUGCUCCGAGCUCACACAACUCGUAAUUCGCGACCUCGUCACCCUCAAAAAGCCGCUCUGCAUCAAAUUCGACAAGAAGAACACCGUCCAUCCCUUCGAAGAUGCUUCCUCAUUCGAAUUCUUCGCCGACAAGAACGAUGCCAGUCUGCUGGUCUACGGCUCACAUAGCAAAAAGCGUCCACAUGCUCUCACAGUCGCGCGCAUGUUCGACUUCAAGAUGCUGGAUAUGAUUGAGUUGUUGGUGGAUCCGGAUACAUUACGCACGAUAUCACAAUUCAAGGGAUCGAAGGUUGCGUUUGGACUGAAACCUUUGAUAUCCUUCUCCGGUUCGGCGUUUGAGUCGCCUGUGCCCAAUGCGUAUACAUUAGCGAAGAGCAUAUUCAUGGAUCUGUUUAAGGGUCCGGAUGCUUCGGCUGUGGAUGUCGAGGGACUGCAGUACAUCAUGAGCUUUUCCGUGGACGAGGAGGAGAGUGCGGAGGUCAAGCCGAAAAUUCACAUGCGCUGCUAUCUGCUACGCACGAAGAAGAUGCCCAACAGUACAUUACCCAAGGUGGAGGUCGAAGAGAUGGGACCGAGAAUCGACUUCCGCGUGGGAAGGAUCCACGAGGCGGAUCCAGGCAUGUGGAAGGAGGCGAUGAGGAGACCGAAGAUGCUGGAGCCCAAGACGAAGAAGAAUAUCGAGACGGAUCUCAUGGGCGACAAGGUCGGCCGCAUCCACAUGGGCAAGCAAGAUCUCAGCCAACUGCAGACACGCAAGAUGAAGGGUCUGAAGCGGAGUCGAGAUGUGGUGGACGAAGACUUCGACGACGAUGCUGCUAUGGAUGGUGCUGUCGAUGAGGCGGACGGCGGUGUGGCGGUGGCUAUGGAGAAGAAGGCAAAGAUCGAGGCUUGA